AUGGAGUGCGUCAUCGAGUACAUGGACCAAGACAGUCUGCAGCUCGUCUUGCUAUCGCGGCCGCGUCUCUCCUGGACCCUCAAGACCCAACGUCUUGUGCAUGUCGCAAGAGGCUUGCUCUGUCUCCAUGAAAAAGACAUUAUUCACCGGGAUUUGCAAGCGCGGCAUGUCCUGCUCGACACGACACGCGGCGCCAAACUCUCAAAUUUCGGCUGCUCGCGCCAAGUCGACGCAUCAACCCUCACCAACGGCAUUGGCACGUACCAGUGGAUGGUGCCCGAGGUCAUUCUGAGCACCGACUACAGCGUCUCGGCCGACAUUUACUCGUUUGGUACGUGUGUUUUAACCGAGCUAUCGACACAUGCAGUGCCGUACGCAAGCCUCAUGGACCCAAGUACACUCCGCCCGUACUCGCAGCAGUACAUUAUGACACAAGUGACGCUUGGCGCGCUCCGACCACGCCUACGGUCCGAUGCGACGCCGCCAUGGGUCAUCGAGGUGGCUCAGCGCUGCAUGGCGUUAGAGCCGUCCGAGCGCCCGACAACACUGGAGCUUUGUACCCUUUUAGAGCAGUACCUGCAAUAA